AUGUCUUAUAAUCAGCCAGUUGAUUGCAAGAUCCCUGAUGGUCUAAAUGUUGGUGAUGUUUCGAACAACAUUAAAAAGGCACUUAAAGAUUGCGGUUACAACAAGGCUAGUGUUUGGAUCAAGGCUUAUGGUGAGAAACAGAUCAGAUCAAAGAUGAGAGAUGGAACUGAGAGAGUAAAUAAGAUUUCUUUUGACAUAUGUUAUGUUUGUCUUGGGAGACAUAGAGAGUUCAUCGAGGCGCUUUGUGGAUUGAGAAGGAGAGAUAUUAAACCCCUUGUUUGCCAGCCUCGAAUUGCAGCGGGAUUGCUACUUGUUCCUGCAACUAAAGUCUGGCGUUGGGACAGUCUAGCUUUCGGAGGACCCCCUAUUCCGGACACGGAAUGCAUUGAGCUCUCUCGAGUGAAACAUCGUCGUAGUUAUUAUAAUGGAUUCGUACAGGGACGAUUUAGUGAUGAAGAGGUAGAUGAUGAGGUAGAAGAAGCAUCGAAGUCGGAAGAAGAAAGUCUUGAACCGCAAUCUACUUCUUCGGCUUCUCAUCAAUCAUUUCCUCCGGAGUACAUGUCCAAGAUCCAAAGACUUAACGAUAUGGUUCAAGAACGUGAUGCGAAGAUCGUGGAAAUGGAGAAGAAGCAAGAGGAGUUGGAGAAUGCACACAAAUCUAUGCGUGAGGAGCUGAACGAGAUGAAAGAAACUAUGGAGGCUAAAUUCUCCGAGCUAUUUAAGUAG